UACAAAUUCCCCAGUAACCGAAUUAUAUUUUGCAACAUAUGAUAUAUAAGCCAACAUGUCAUUUAAAAUAUCAAACAUUGCUGAUUGAGCACAAUGGUUAAUCGGGAAUCGAGGAUACUCGCCGCUUUACUGGUCGUUUUGCAGGUCAACAAAGCGUGCUGUCAAUAUGUACCUCCUACAGUCCCCACAACACCACUUCCUAAUCCUCCGGUUCCACAAAUCGGCCAGCUGAUCCUGCCGGCCAUGAUCGAACCCACAGUACAAACAUUCCAACCACCUUUCCCGUAUCCAUCUCCGCCUUGUCCGUGUCCACCUCCCCCUUGUACAUAUCCACCUCCCUCUUGCUACCCCUUACCACCUCCACCUAGUUUUCCUACCUAUCAAAACCAACCUCCACAAGUAAUUAUAAUAGACGAAGGCUCUGGCGAUAACAAUAUGGAUAUGCUUUAUCUGCUCUUAAUAGCUUCUAAAGGAGGUGGUUUAUUUGGAGGUAAUAAAGGUGGAUGCGGCGGCGGAUGUGGAUGUGGAAGCAGGUGCGGUGGUAAUUGCUGUAACGGAGGUGGAUAUGGGUACAGUUACGACGGUGGAUACGGAUCAACGAUGCCGCCAAUAUGUUUAACCAUUACCACUACGUCGUCUGACGCUAGUGAAAGCCAAUAAUUAUUAUCCUGUUAUUUACUUACAUAUGUUAAAUUCGUGAAAUAUAUUUGUUUUUUUUUUAUUA